AUGGACCCGCAAGGUCUGCAGACUGUCACCGAGCAGGAAGGCAGGAUAUUAACUGGCCGAUCAACUGGAGAUGAAGAUAAAACACUAAAGAUAGAUGACGAAAAGCUGUCCAGAAGGUCUACCGCCUCCGCCGAUGUUGCUGCAGGUUACUUUGCCGUUACGAGAGAGUUCGUCCCUGGGGGUGUAAAUGGAAAACCACCAGAGCGGACAUCUCCGGCCGGAAAGAGCAUUCCCGUAAACGAUUCGCCUAGUGUAGUUCAAUCUAUGUACAGCAGAUUCUUCGACAGGCGAGCAAGUACCGCAACCGCAGAUCCAAACGGGGUAGAUAAGAAGGUUCGAAGGGCCAGGAAUGAAUUCUACGUGGUUUUGAGACACGGGCAUCUUAUGCUAUAUGACGACUCUGAUCAGACCGAAGUUCGCCUUGUCAUCUCCUUGAGCUUAUACAAGGUCAGCAUCUAUGGCGGAGGUGAACCGAUCCCAGAGGGAGAGCUUUACAUCCGCCGAAACGCCAUCUGUCUGUCCAGAAAGAAUAGUGCCGUUGAUCCAGCGCUUGAUACCAAUACUGUUGCUAUGCCAUUCUUCUUGUUCUCCGAACAUUGUUCCUUAAAGGAGGACUUUUAUUUUGCACUUCUCAAGAACCAGGAGAAAUCCUACAAUGAUCCUGCCACAAUAUCACCGACGCCGCAACGCUUCGAGCAGGAUCACAUCAUAAAUCUAUUGCAGCGUCUACACUCUUCAGAAGAACAUUUACGGAUGAACUGGGUCAAUGGGCUAUUUGGACGCCUCUUCUUGGCCAUAUACAAGACCCCCGAUGUCGAAAAAAUGAUACGAACGAGAAUAACAAAAAAGAUUGCCAGAGUUAAUAAACCCAAUUUUCUUUCCGACAUCGUUUUACAGAAGGUCCAUGUUGGCGAGGGUGUUCCAUACAUAACAAAUCCUCGAUUAAAAGAGUUUAACGCAGAUGGUGAUUUUUCCGCGGAGGCUGACGUCAAUUAUACCGGUAACUUUCGAUUGGAGGUUGCCGCCAAAGCUACAUUGCAGUUGCCUGGUCGCUUUAGACCCAGGGAGGUGAACUUGGUACUUAGCGUCGUCUUAAAAAGGCUUGAAGGACACGCAAUCAUUAAAAUUAAGCCUCCUCCGAGUAACAGGAUAUGGAUGGCUUUCGAGACAAUGCCCAAGAUGGAGCUUGAUAUUGAGCCAAUUGUAGGCUCACGACAAAUAAUUUGGAACCCUAUCCUCCGUAUAAUUGAGAGUCGAGUGCGGGAAGUAAUAGCUGAAACUCUUGUACUUCCGCACUACGACGACACCCCAUUCACAGAUACCAUAAACCAAUUGUUCAGGGGCGGAAUCUGGGAGGAGGCGCUCAGUAAUGGAAAUCCUACUGAGAGCGAAACAGGAGCCGAGAAAGGAGUUGUGGACGACGUCGAUAAAGAUGAUGCUCUUGAGGAAGAGGUCCCAGAAGAUCUUACAGAAAACUCUCUGAGACAGGUAAAUGAACGAACCAUGAGCAUGCCAAUAAUCGCACAAACAGCAACAAUUCUGGAUAAACAAAAAUCUGCAUCGAUAAUUGGUCUGAGCGAACCACCUGAUAGUCCUCGAGGCAUUACAAGGUCACCUUCCUUGAAAUCAACUCACGGCGAGCGGAAAACAAAAUCUCAAAGAGCGCAGACUUUAACAACAAUAUCACCUCCCUCGCCCAGUGUGAUUACGGAUGCGGUCAACGUCACAGCUGUCCGCGGUAAGACAGAUGUCGCAGAUAAAGGUGUUACUUCGGCAGUAAUGUCUAUGAGUAGGUCGAGGUCAUCUUCGAGUCCCCACUCUCCGUCUCAAACAAAUCCGGCUUCCCCCACUGGGCCCAAGUUCAACGUGGACAUUUUAACACCUGAUGUUUCAAUUGACCAAGCUUCAGACAAAAGUAGUUAUUCGUCCUCUUACGAAGACCGAACAGACGAGGUUGUUUCUAGGGCACGAGGCAUUAAAGGAACACCCAGCCCAGCUCGUAGCAUUUCCGAAAGCUCUGCUAGGAGUUUAACCGCAACAAAUUCGCCUCCUGGCCCGAAUACCUCCGAUUCAACCUCAAAUUUGGCGAACACUAUCUUCCCUAAGGCGCUCCAAGAAAAGCCAUCUUUUGUGGCAGUAGCUUCCGCAACCGCAGCCGUGAGAAAUUGGUACAAAACGCGAAAUACACAAGGCGAAUCAUCAUCGCCAUCGGUUGAAGCCCCUAACAAACAAUCAGCUUCGCGAAAUCUGCCACCUGUCACAAUUCCUCCACCAGUGGCGAAGAAAACACCGCCGAUCAACGUUCCAAAGCGGAAAUCACUUCCACCACCAUUACUCCCCUCUAGGAAUAAGACCCGCGCAACACCAGCUCCGCCAAUUCCACCACGAGACCUAUCUCCAUUCAACGGUGGAACUGAUCAAUUACUGGUUGUGGCAGCACCAGACUCAGAACCGCCUUCGCCUUCUCAAACUGUGGAUGGCGAAGACAGUGAUUACAUGCGCAAAAACACGACACAUAACGGCAGCAUUGAGUCCCAUCUCAUGUUUCCUUCUUCUUCGUCCAAAGAUUCUGAGUCUGCAUCGGUAUCUAUAAAUUCUCCAGGUCUCCCCAGACGUAGCAGAUCGCUGAGGACUGCUAGUGGAGCUUUAGAUAGGGAACGAGAACAUGAGAGGGCGGUGAGACGUGAGGAAGAGGCUGAACGGGAAGUAUGGCACGCUGCAGAGGAGGCAGAGUUAAGAACAAAGGUUCCAUGGGAGCCUGAUGAAUCCUUAACUUGA